UCGGUUCCGGUUCCGACUCGUGAUUGCCCGGUCUAGAUCCAAUUCCAACGUUUGUUUGUUAUUAAAUGAAAACAAAACCGUUUCUAGGGAUAAAUGUCGAUGGCAACGCUGUACUGUAUAUGGUUGUCCCUGAGCCUCAAGGACAUCAAGUCAAUAGCCAGAGAAAAUGUGAACUAACCAAAAAUAUGAUUACACCAUUCGAUGAUUUUGUGUAUCUACUCAACAACGUUAUAUUGGGGGAUGAACCUUCCAUUGAAGACUUCAUACUCCUAAUAGGAACAAUUGUUGCAUUUGUAGCGUUUAUUUUGUGGUGUUGUUUCCCCAUUGCACCUAAAGAAUCGCAAACACCGUUACAUUAUGAAGCGAAAGAUUAUCAAAUUAAAAGUAAUCCAUUAUUUUGCAAAAAGGAAGAUUAAACACAUUGUAGUUCAGCGAGAUUUAAAAUACAGAUGUAUACUUUAAUGUUUCUUCUAAUGUAACUGCAUU